CAUGUCCAUACUCUCAAGAUCCCACAAUGGGGGACGCUAGCACCAUCUGUGACGCUUUCGCGACCAUCCGCAAUGGUUUUGACGCUCUCAGCAAAUGUACUCCCAACCCUGCCAUCCUCGACAUGCCAGUGCCACCUGAUGACACCUCCACCUGGGGUCGCGCCCUCUUUGGCGGCAUAUUCACCAUCAACGACACCUGUCAUAGUCUCAAGACAGACAUUGCGGCCCUCAAGACAGAUGUCACGGGCUUGAAGGCUCAAGUCGCUCAGGUCGAGCUGCAGACCAUGCAACAACUGAUCGAUACCUUCUACAAGUGAGUAUCCAUAGAUAGACUUAGCAGCUGUCAUGGCCCGGUCCACCGACCCAUGACCUCCAGCGGAGAUCCCUGUAUGUCCGUCACCGUACACACGGAGAUCACCCAUAUCUCCUUUACCUCCACUCCCCCGCUCGACCGAUACUCGCCCGACCACCCCGCUCGGAAGCGGGUCGACCUACGUCGACCCUCGUCGGACAUAUGGUCCACCUCGUCUGUCGACCAACCGGCUGACCGCCUCGGUCGACUCCUCGACCUUGCGACAACCGCCGGUCGACCUACUCGGCCGACCAAUCGGGCCCCCUCCUAUAGUUGCCUAUAUAAGACUUGUAGCCCGACCGGUCGCCCGUGUCGAUUCUGUUAUCCUUGUG